UUCCUUAUAAUAAUUAUGGCUGGUCUAACAAUUUUAUUACUAAUCAGUAUCAUGUCAGUACUGACUGAAGCCAGUGUCCAAGCCUACGGUCUUCCAAAGAAAGUAAUCUCGAGUAAUCAUGGGGGAAUAGAGAGAAUUCAUCUGGGAACUUUAUUAAAAGUGUCAGAUCUCAAUGACACACGUGAUUAUAUAUAUGAUUCAUCAAGUGACAGUCCAUUGAUACGUCUCGCGAUUCGGCCUUCGAUGGCCAGAUCAAUAAAUCUUGAAGCUCAUAAUAAUGAUCGAGAUGAAGAUUUGAUGCAACCAGCAGAUUCUCCAGUUACUGUAAUAAGAAGACAGCGUUCGAUAGAUAAUUCAGAGUCAGAUGACUUAGAGACGGCAGAGUCGACUGUAUUCCGACCAUUGUUUGUUUACAGACAACAAGUCGCUGAAAGAAAUCGUCCUCAUAAAAGUGAAAAUCCGAUUUAUGGUUCUUAUCAGUAUGGUCCUGCUAAAUCUUAUGCUGAUAAUAAUUAUAAAAAAUCAUGGCGUAAUUAUGACAAUAAUGACAAUUCAUUGAAUUAAUUUUUUAAUUGAAUUAUUUUUUAAACUUGCCCGCGUUAUUAUUUUUAUCAUGAAUCAUGACAUCGGUAAUAACAAAAGACUAUCUAUCAUAAGUUUUAA